AUGCAGGCACUUCAUGCUGACCACUGUGAUACGCAGUCAUUGACUGCCAGUGUAACCGAUUAUCCUGUUGAAAAUGGAAGAACCUAUCACAGGUACCACGAGGGAGCUUAUAUAUACCCCAAUGACGAACAGGAGUUAGAACGCCUAGACAUGCAACAUCACAUGUUCAAAGUGACGAUGGACGGAAAGCUAUUCCAUGUUCCCCUCCAAGACCCAAAGCACAUUCUUGAUAUUGGUACCGGCUCAGGGAUAUGGCCCAUAGAGAUGUCGGCCUCAUUUCCAAACGCCGAAAUAAUAGGGACCGAUCUGUCCCCAGUUCAGCCAACAGAAGUUCCGCCAAAUGUCCAUUUCCUGAUUGAUGAUGCUACUGAAGAAGAGUGGCUAUGGAACAAGAACUAUUUUGAUUUCAUUCACAUCGGCCACAUGACAGGGGCCAUGCCGUCAUUUAAACGUCUACUACGACAGUCAUUCCAACACCUCAAACCGGGGGCAUACAUUGAAUGUCACGAGCUCGACCCGAAACCAAAAUGCGACGAUGGGACUAUGCCUCCUGAAAACCAAGAUGGGGGAUACAGCGCAUUCGCCCUGCAUGAUUGGGUAGACCUUAAUGUGCGAUCUGGUCGAGAUUCCGAUCCACCAAGACAAUUCCGAAUCGCCCACCGGAUUGCACAGUGGAUGAAAGAGAUAGGAUUCGUCGACGUCGAAGAACGACUCUCCAAAAUCCCCACAAAUACCUGGCCGGAGGAUGAGAAAUCGAGGACCAUCGGCGCUUGGAGUGAGAACAAUUGGCUUGACGCUUUGUCUGGGUGGUCAUAUAAGCCCUUUCUUGCCCUUGGGUGGUCGAAACCUGAAAUUGAAGUCUUUCUCGUCGAUGUGAGGAAGAGUAUACAGGACCGAAGUGUUCAUGCUUAUAUGGACUUUUAUGUAGUGACAGGGCGGAAGCCUCCUACCUCUUGA